AUGAAUGCUGAAGAACUCAUCAGUAUCUUCCUCGAGGGCCUAUGGGCCAAUUCCAUGGAGAAGAUGAAGGCUCAGGUCUCGCAGGCCACGGUUGACAACUCUCGCUUUCACGUUGUGGUCACUCUUCCAGCUAUUUGGCCUGACUAUGCUCGACAACGCAUGCACAACGCUGUUCAAAGUGCUGGAAUACUCGAGAAACGCGCUGGAGUUGGAGACACGAUACUCACAUUCGUCUCCGAGCCUGAGGCCGCUGCCGUGGCAACGUUGAAGGCAGUGGAUGGUCGGUAUGAUAUCGAGGCUGAUGACAUCUUCAUUGUCUGUGACUGCGGUGGCGGGACUGUGGACAUCAUCAGCUACGAGAUCACCAGUACCGACCCCAUGGCUGUCAAGGAGGUUGUCAAGGGUGCAGGUGCUCUCUGUGGUUCAAUCUUUGUCGGCGAAAAAUUUGAAGAGCUCCUCAGACGCAAGGUCGACGAGGUCUCCCCCGGCUCCUGGGGCAAAAUUGGUCCCGUUGACUUGCAUGACAUACUAACUGAUCAUGUCUUCGAGCCCGCGGUUGAAAGGAUCAAAUCUUUGAUUCACGGCCAGACCGACUCGAUUGCCAACGAGAAGUCCAAGUCUCCCAAAUACAUCAUGCUUGUUGGAGGGUUCGGCCGCUGCAAAUACCUCUAUGAGUAUCUUAAGGACAAAGUCAAUAAUGUGGAGGUGCUCCAGUCCCAAGAUGCAGACCCAUGGACUGCGAUUGCGCGAGGCGCUGUCAUUCACGGCAUGACCGCAGAGAAGAUCGACCCUCAGUUCACGGUUCAGAUUCGAUCGAGGAUUUCUCGUGCUUCAUACGGCAUCGUGUGUCAGGAGGACUGGGAUGAGGAAGAGCAUCGGCCCGAAGACAAGAUUUGGGAUGACGAACAGCAAAAGUACAGGGCAACAAUGCAAAUGAAGUGUGAGGCCUCACCUCCCCCAUCGCGGAUGGACGAAACCGUCAUCAUGCACUCCGAGGUCAAGUGGACUGCGAAGAUCGACAUGGGUCGUCUACCUGUCUUCAUCAACAAUCGAGGUGAGGAGUUCUAUCAGCUAGAUUAUGCUACAGAGAUGAGGUGCAGUGGAGGAUCUACCGAAUUUGCUAUCUUCCACAAUGGCAAGCGUCAGGGCGCCAAGAACGUCUCGGUCGAUUUCUACGACCAUGCAGACAUCUGA